AUGACAGACUCAUCCCAACACCCCCUCAGCGGCCUUUGGAAGCCCACUCACAUUCAGCGCCUCCACUAUGGACCCGAAAGCGUCAAGAAUCACCUCCUCGAAUGCCUACCAAAGGACUCCUCAAAAGCAUUCAUAGUCACCGGCAGCUCCUUAGCAAGCAAAACAGACCUGAUCAAGCAAGUAGAAGAGCAGCUCGGGCCGAAGCACCACGCAGGCACCUUCAGCAAGAUAGGUCAACAUGCUCCCAUUAAGGAGUUGGACCAAGCGACGGAGAUGGUGUUGAAGGACGAGAGCAUCGACACUAUAAUCUCAGUCGGCGGAGGAAGUCCGAUUGACUCGGCGAAGGCCAUUUCCUACCGCUUGAACGAGCGCAAGGAAGUCGAGACGAAAUUCCUACACCACAUCGCGAUCCCCACAACCCUCAGCGCCGCAGAGUGCACUCUCGGUGCCGGUUACACGGGGGAGAACGGGAUGAAAACAGGCGUGUCACACCCGGAACUCACGCCUCAUGUCGUCCUGUACGACAGCAAGUUUGCGCUCGAAACGCCGGAAUGGCUAUGGAUGAGCACGGGCAUGCGGGCGAUGGACCACGCAAUUGAGUUGAUGUACCAUCCCACCUCGACAGAAAUGCCCUGUCGAUGGAUGGCCAUGUUUGCCGCCGGAGAGCUCUUCAAAUACCUGCCGAAGUACAAGCAGAAUCCCAAGGACGAGGACACGAUUACGCGGUUGCAGCUGGCCGCUUUUGCAUCCCUCGGGUUCCUGGCUUUGAACGUCGAGGGCGGACUGGGCCUCUCGCACACCCUCGGCUACGCCCUGGGAUCGCCGUACCAGAUCCCGCACGGCAUCACCUCCUGCCUGACGCUCGGGCACGUCAUCAAGCUCAAAGCCGCGGGCUCGAAGGAGGAUGCGGCGCAGUUGGCGCGUAUGGCUCCUUUCAUCGGCAUCAGCAGGUCCGGCGAUGAUCAGAAGGACGCUGUAGCGGUCGGGGAUGCGAUCUUGAAGUUUGUGGAGAAGUUGGGUUUGAAGACUACGUUGACGGAAAAGGGCGUCGGGAAGGAUCAGGUACCGGUUAUUACAAAGACGGCGACGGGGGCCGAGAGUGGGGAGUUGUUUGACAAGGUUAAGGGGUUGGUUGAGGAUUUGUAUUGA